ACUGCUUUUAAUUUAAUGUUUUGGCACCUGCACGAGAUUUUAUUCAAAAUAAAGGAAGUCGCACGAGAACGCUCGACCUGUCUAUUACCUCCAGGCGUGACUCACGUCCUGGCCAUCGAGGUGUCCACGCCCAAAGACCAGACGGCGGUUAACGGGACAGACGUUCGGCUCAAAUGCUCCUUCAAAUCCACAUCUCCUGUGUCUGAGAAAUCGGUGUCCGUCUCCUGGAGCUUUAAACCCCUAGGCCCAGGCAUGGAGGAACAGUUUUUCUAUUAUCAUGAGGAACCCUUCCUCCCUGAAAAGGGUCACUUCAAAGGUCAUGUGAUGUGGUCGGGGAACGUGUUGAAGAACGACGCCUCCAUCACGCUGAGCGAUGUGCAGUUCAGCUUUAACGGCACCUACACCUGCCAGGUGCGCAAUCCGCCCGACGUGCAAGGCUUCACCAGCGAGACCCGCCUGGAGGUGGUGCAGUCAGUGAAGCUGUCCGAGAUUGGAAUUCUGGCCGCGGCGGUGGGCGGAGCCGUCGUUCUGGUCCUCCUCAUCCUCGCCAUCGUCUUCAUCUCGCGUUACUUCCGAAGUCGCCACGGAGAUGCAGCCAUAGAGCUGCAAGACUCGAAGCAGGGGAGCGUAUGCUUUCUGGAGGAGUCCGUACCGAUAAACCAACCAGAGAAAGUGCUAGAAAAGGACAAGCUUCAGCUCCAAGACGAUCUAGAAAAGAAACUUCCUGAAGAAAUGACGACGCUUAAAGAAUCUGAGGCUAACUCAAUAGCCGCCGCCGCCGACGACUAAGCGUUUCUUGAAAUUCUGCGAAACCCGAUGCAGAUGUGACUGCUUCCUUUUCCUGUAUGUAACGAUUUGAAUGAUUGUUUUGUAGUUUUUUAUUUUUUUUAUUUUCGAAUCGCUUUGAUUAGGAAAUGAUCAGACUGAAAGUUAAUGUUAGCGGAGAAAAAAAACGUGCUCAGAACGUGACGCUAGCAGUAAACAUUUAAGUAGAUGCUAAGCCCUGAAAUGAUGGGAAUCGAACGAGAGACAAUCUAGCAAACAUGCUAACACUGAUAUGACACAAAAAGUGAAAAUUUCAACAUGGUCUCAGUGGUAAAUUUACAGAAAUAUGAAAUGCUUCAUUUGACAGGAAGAGAAGGUGAAGGUAGUUUUUUUUUUUUUUUCUCCCCUUAUGAUAUUUUUUAUACAUUUUUAUAAAACAUUUACUGAUUUUUUUUUUUAUGGCAAUUUUGAGCACGAGGUCGACGGUUUUUAAAAAAAAAAAAAAUCAAUAACAAAAAAAGCCAAAUGAUCAACAAAAUUUCAACAUUUUAAUAGAAAUGAACAAAUAAAUAAAUAUAUAAAUAUUUAAAAAAAUUAUCUGAUGUUUUAUACAAACUGCAUUGUAUCAUUAAGUUGUUUGUACUUUUUUAAAAUCUCCAUUUGUACUUUUUUGUUUAAGCUGUAAGAAAUGAGCUGACGGUGUGGGUGUGGUUAGUGUUGUUUGCUGUUGUUGUGUAUCUCGACGCAGUGCUCUGGAUGUGAAGAUUCUGGGAACUUCAGUCUCAUCUUCUGUAUCUCGGAUUGUUCUGUCCCUCUGUCUGUCUGAGUGGGU